AUGGCAAACGAGACCCCUGUCCAUUUCUUCGAUAUCAACUCCAACCUCCCAAUCCCCUCCAAAUCCUGGUCCCCCAACACCCUUCGAACCCGCCUCGUCCUCAACUUCAAAAAGAUCCCCUACACCCAGUCCUUCAUCUCCUACCCAGACAUAGCCCCCCUGUUAAGGUCCGCCUCCGUCCCUCCUCUCCAGGGGAGCAGAGUUCCAUACACAUUACCCGCAAUCGCCCAUCCAUCCAGCAUCGGCACCUCCCACGGCGUGCUUAACGAUAGCUGGCCCAUUGCCUUGCAUUUGGAGAAGACAUUCCAGUCCCCACAGCAUCCCACCCUAUUCCCAUCGGCAGGCAGCUAUGCGCUCGCGCUAGCGGUGGCGAGGGUGUUGAACGCCAUGCUCCCCCCAACGCGAAUGAUCAUCCUGCCUAAAAUCCCGCAGAUUCUAGAUGAGCGGGGCGCGGAGUACUUUCGGCGGACAAGGGCUGAGUGGUUUGGGAGGUCUAUGGAGGAGAUGCUGUCGGACACUGAGGGCGUGGAAAAGUCAUGGGCGGACGUGGAGGUUGAGUUGAAAUUGUUGGCAGAUAUGUUAAGGGGCCCACCUGGUGUUAGCGGGGGCAAGAAGAAGGGGCCAUUUUUUGAGGGAGAGCAAGCCGGCUUUGCGGAUCUUUUGUUUGCGGCGUUUUUGGCAUGGUACGAAAGGGGCGAUCGGAAGGAUUGGGAGCGUGCAGUGAGCAUUGGGGAUGGGGAGAUUAGGAGGUUUUGGGAUGCUUGUUUGCCGUGGAUCAAUGGGCAGGGGGAAGAGAAAGAAUAUGUCUUUGACAAGUAG